CUCCCUCGGCUCGGCGGAACCGUAAUUGAAUCGUGGCCCGACCCAGGGGGGGGAAACUCCAACGUCACUCAGAGCUGUCUGGCGGUUUCGCACACUGCGAGGUCACCGUACAAGCAGAGGUAUAGUUUACACGGUUCCGAAAGGCUGUGACGCAAGGACCACAAUCGCAGCGGGCUUGAUUUCGCCAAUCUGUGAAGCUUCAAGGUCAUCGAGCCGGCGGGACAGCUGUCCACUCAAGUCUCGGUAGCUAUCCAGCCUCGGGAGUCUCACCCACAAAUAGAUACACGCAACAUACACGAAAAUAAAUAGUGCGCAUAGCACGGCCGACGGGCCCACAGAGGUCUAGGACGGGCAGACAGUCUAUACGUAUGCAUCUUUGCAUUGAGAACUGACGCUGUUUGACGAGGCGAGCAGGCAAACCAUGCACAGCCAAGAAUUCAACAGGUACGCACCCAACUUCUGUCUCUCAUGGACAGGCACGACGUAGGCAGCCGGGCGAGCAACGAACACUCGAGCUCGAGCCGGUGAGGUCCACUCUUGGUGUUCGCUGCGAAAGAGUGUGCCAGCCUCCGAAGAGGCGCUCAGCACUGUGUAAAGUAGAAUGGAUCGCCGUUUCGUCCGUCUCGCUGCAGAGGCAUUUGGCCACUGGGUGGAGCAAAUGAUUUAGUUCGUAAGGAAACUCGCCAAGAGGAAGCCCCGCCUCUGCGCCAUCCCCGCCGCCGAAGGCACAUCGUCCAGUAAGAACACCAUCAACCAUUGGGGCCGGCUCCUGUCCAUAGAGCUGGUAAAACCCGACCCGGACUUUCCCCUGCCUGCCGCGGAGCAACAUCUAUCUGGUCUCGUGGGGUCGUCCGUUCACGCCAUGUACUUCACGACGUAUCUCUCGACCUUGACCUUCUUGAUGGAGCCGAUCAUCCAGAACCUGAAUAGAUGGCAGGCAACACACAUACAGACGUGGAACGUACAGACGUGGAUGCUCAAGGGGCGCAAAGCGAGUCGUUCCAUCCAUUCUAUUGUCUGCUCACACAGUGCCGUCCGGGUCUUCUGGUUCUUUUGUCACGCUCCCGCCCUCGAACUUGCACACGCUCUCGAUGAUGUCUCCGACAGUGAUGCCGCGGCCCUGCAUGACACAAACACACAUACACACAAGGCAGCCUUACACUAACUGUGCCUCUGUGCUGUGCUGUGUAUGGCGUGUAAGCCCGCAGGGCCUACCGGCUGUGAUUCGACGAUGGGCAGCGUGAAUUCGGUGGGCGAGUGAUAGACCCUGUUGAAUGCGUCUCCUACGCGCAGACAGACAAACACACACGAGAUCGUACAGCCCAAACAUCUGUGCACGUAAGCGUGUGUGUGGCGUGGGUGUCUGCCUGACAACCUCCUGUAGCGUGUGUGUGGCGUGGGUGUCUGCCUGACAACCUCCUAAUAGGUUGUUUGUGAGCAGCAUCGACGGGUAUGGGUACACCACCUCAGUCCACUCCUCCUUCGUGAAGCCGAUGGAGUCCUUGUAUGCCUGGGCCUUCUCGUCCUCCGUGGCGCCGCCGUAGAUGGCGGCUCGGAGUUUGGGCUCCUGGACGCCGCGCCCGGAGCUCCCAACGGACGGUGCCGGCCUCUUCCAGGAGAUCGUCCAGCUCGAGCUUGUCGGGCUCGUCGGGCCGACUGUUGUUCUGCUCGGCGCCUCUGAGCUCCACCAACACCUGCCCUCCAGCAGUGACAUACAUACAUACAAACGCGACGCCAGCCAUGCCAACCAAUCAACCCACACCCUCACACACCUUCUGCAGACGGCUCUCGCAGAACUCCUUGGUCUUGUUGUACUCUGCAUACACGGUAUGCAAACCACAAUAACACAUACAGAGCAGGCGUACAUGGACAGCUUCCUUGAUCGCUCGCGCGCUGACCUGAUGUGAUGGCAUCGUGACGUGAGUUGUACUUGCCCACUGCGGCCUUGAUAGCCGCGAGCUCCUUGCUGAUUUCAGUCAACUGGUCACACAAAGGGAGGCACAAUGUGUGCGUUAACCUCUGACUACUAAAUAGCAUUUUUCAGAUGUAACAUGAUGACUUUCAAAUCUAUAAUCCCUACGAAACUCUAACCAUUGUCUAUACGAUGUUAUGAUCAUACUUUCUUCGUAAAGUGCUUUCUGCAAAAACUUGCC